AUGGCGACUGCGUCUUCUUCCUCUGCCUUUGACUGGCGACAGUCUCUUAACUCCACGGGCUCAGCUCGAUCAGGCCUCCGUCAAAGCCGACAACCGCUUCCUGGGUCACCGCAUACACCCCAGCAGCGGCAGAUACUAUCGCCAUACACCACUUCCACCUCCCCUGGAUCAUCAUUCCGGCACGAAGAAGCCGCGGUCAUAUUUGAGCUAGGGUCCCGGUAUCUUCGUGCUGGGUUUGAAGGCGACCACUUGCCAAUCUGCGUCGUUAGUUUCGGCCCAGAAGGAGGGCGAAGAGUGGGCGAUUAUCGGGGUUGGAUUAAGACCGAGGGCCAAGAGGGAGCCAAUUUGAAAAAGAUCUUCAAAAAUGCGGACGAAUGGUCAAAAUCCCACGAGCUUUGGAAUAUGGAUAUCCGAAAUUUCGACCUGGGACUAUUUGAGGACAAAAUUGAACGAAUAAUACGAGAAGUUUACAAUAAAUAUCUGCUCACAGACGCGGGCUCUUCAAGGCUAAUAAUCGUGUUGCCUCCAAUUUUUCCUCAUCCACUGCUUUCAUCUCUCCUGUCGACAAUAUUCAAUCGCUGGAGAUAUCCAAGUAUUACCCUGCUUCCCUGCGCAGCUAUGGCAGCUGUUUCUGCAGGUCUAAGAUCUGCUCUUGUUGUUGAUAUAGGGUGGGAAGAGACGACAGUUACCGGCAUUUAUGAGUAUCGAGAAGUCCAAUCUAAACGAAGUACUCGGGCUAUGAAACUACUAAUGCGUAAAAUGGGCUCUCUCCUGACGACUCUAGAGAGGACCGUCGGUAACAAAGACAAAUCUCGCAACGAUGGUGGCGACAAUGAUGUAAUUUCUGUCGACUUUGAGUGGUGUGAGGAAAUAAUAACCCGAUUGGCAUGGUGCAAAAGCAAGGAAAAUGCUGAGCAUAAGUCCCGAGUCUCUAUGGAGCCCGUACCAGCAGGGAACGACUACCCGGAAAACAUUGAUUCCUAUCUAUUAAAUUGCAAUAUAUCGCUGCCAUCACCACUUGGUGAUUCAGCCGCUGAUAUAGACGUUCCCUUCUCGAAAUUUUCUGAACCAGUUGAGGAAAUCUUUUUUGCGGGGGGUGUUGAUGCAAGGAACUUGGACGAUGAAGAAAUGCCUCUUGAUAUUUUGGUUUUCCAUGGUCUCCUUACUCUUCCACCUGAUGUCCGUGGUGCGUGCAUGUCGCGGAUAGUUUUUGUAGGUGGAGGUUCGAAUAUCCCCGGUGUUAAGCAGAGGAUAAUUGACGAAGUUGAUUCCCUUGUUAAGAUGUAUGGAUGGGACCCCAUUAGAGGGAAGAACAUCAACAGGCGCCCUAGGCAAUUCCAGGAAAUUUCGAUGAAUCAGCGGCGACCUGUCAGCUCUUCCUCAAGUGUGAACGCCCAGGAAGAUAAUGGAUCAGAGUUAUCUACGAAUUUCAUUGACGAAAAGUUGGAGCGGGCCAGCAGAGAUUCCAAGCCAUAUACGCAUGGUGUCCUUCGUCAGGUUGAGUCUCUUGGAUCCUGGGCAGGGGCCAGUCUUGUGGCUAGCCUUAAGGUGAAAGGGGUAGUGGAAAUCGAACGAGAGAAAUUCCUGCAACAUGGUAUCGCAGGGGCAAGUCGAGACCUGGACGUAUCCCACGCGGCGGAACGACGAUCAGGUUAUGGACCAAGCAUGGGAAGAUCUGGUGGGGAAAGAUCAAGCUGGACACUCGGAGAAUGGGGUUGA